GUGUCAUCAGACUUCCACAAAAUCAACAGGUAUAGAUUUUUCUCACUGCGUUAAAGAUCUUUUUUAUCAUUUACUUUGAUUCGUAUUUUAUUCCGAUCACAAAUCAAUUUUUCUCUUUAUUUGUGGUAUUCUUUUCUUUUCGGUGCUCGUUACAGUAACCUAACUUAAGAAUAUUUAAUUCCGUCCGAUGCAAAACAGCUCAGGAGCCUGAAAUUAGGUCAUUUAAUAUCUGCUUUCCCUUUUUCUCACUAAUUUAUCAUAUAGACAUUUAUAUAGAUAUUCUUCCGCUCUUUUGUGCUUAAAGUCUGGAAAUGGAACCAGGAGCAGCGACUGGUCUCACACCGAGGUAUUUGGGCCGACACUUAAAGUUUUGAAGACAGGUGAUAACCAACAUACUGGUGGAAGACAACGUUUACGUCAAGAAAUAUUGCCAAGUAUUUUUUCGGUGACUGGUCCACAUCCACCAUUGCAGCAAGCCCUUGUAAUGGAAAAGCCAAUACCAGCUGAAAGAAACACCAUCUCCACGUCAAGUCUGCAUCAAAAUUAUGGAACAUCAUUCGGGCUGCAGACGUUCUCUUCCGCACUCACACCUCAGUUGAACACUUCGAAUGACUUGAUUGUAGCUUCUCAGCGAUCACACCAUUUGUGUUCGGCAGAGGCUAUGGUAACAUCCCAACAAUUCUGUUCAAACGAAACAUCGACAGAGGGACUUAACCUUUGGUCUGCGGACCCACAUCUCUCCCGUGGGUGUUCACUUCUGGACUCCCCUCCACCAGGUACAGUAAAUAAUGUAAUAGUAAAAGGGGGAAACCCCUCUUGAGGCCUGAAGCGGUAACUUAGCUGCUGUAAUCUGGGUUAAGAGAUCCGGGCUCGAGCCUAGGCCAGGUCAUUGUGUUGUGUUUUUUUAAGAGAAAAAUGAAACUCUCACAAUGUAUUUCUCCACCCAAGCACAAUUAGGUGAAAAUUGCUGGAGAAUUGUCGUUGAUGGAUCAAUGAAUGCGAUUUCUUAUUGUUCCCAUUGAUCCGUCUGUUCAGUCUUGAAUCAUUGAAAAAAAUGUUCUUAUUUAUCAGUUCUGGAAAACAUAUGGGCAACAACAGAAAGUCUUGAAAAAGGAGGAAGAAUUAGGCUAGUUUUUGGCCAAAACACAACAUGUACCUGAAUUUGACAUAACGAUUUACAUGCCGAAAUCUUUAAGUAGGGCAAGUAUAGACAAUCACAUCUACAGGUGCUAGUCAGUGCGCUAUAAAAUCAAUUUCCAAAUUUGGUCAAUCGUCAAAACGAGAUUAAAAUUUAUGUUGGUGCAGGUCAUGCACAAUUCUGACAGUUAGUAAGUCUAGUUAGUUUACCAAUGGUUGAUGCCCUAUAGCUCCAGAUCUACCCAACGAAAACCUGGCGCCCAAAGAAAAGCUAAAAACUCUUUCUUUUCAGAUUUUUGUUUUUCUGCGUACCUGCUUUUAUUUAAGUUCAGUUUGUUUUGUGCUGUCGUUUUUGGUUCUGUGGUUCCAGGGCAUAAGUUGUUUCGUAGAGAUAUUUUUCAUGCUGACUCGUUCAGCGACAAUACCAGCAUCUGGGGCUCGUAUUUGCUUGAUUUAUUAAUCUCUGGAAUUGCCAUUGUCACUUGCGGCUCUGGAACAGAGUUUGCUCCGCGGUAUGUUUUGGUUCCUGACUUUGUUGAGUGUUUGAUUCAUAGUCGCAGGAGCUCAACGCUAAAUUUUACAGUAUUUGGUAUUGUCAUUAUAUUGGGUGGCUUUAGGGCAUACGUCACUUAAUGUGUUUGUUGUUGUUGUUUUUCUUAAUUGUGUGUCAUACGUAAGGGGCUAAAGUAUGUUACUAAAGUAAAGUUUCAUGGCCACUUUGUAUACCUGAAUAUAUGGGAUGAGAAACAGAAAAAACACCUUGCUUCUUAUCGUGUCGUUUUCUACACUACUUGAUUAUUGACAUAAGGUAAGGUAGAUUCUCUUUUCUAAUGCAAUGUCAAGAGGGGUUCCUAAACUCCCCUUCGGAUUUCCCAACACCUAGACCACCUUUCCUAGGCUUCGUGGAAGAUUUCACCUGACGUGACGACUUAUCCUUGUUUCACCAAGUUCAGAUCGUCUGAAAAUUCACUCGGAAGUUUACCAUUGUUCUGCUCGUGAAUACUAACAUGUACGCAGCUGCGUGAGACGAAUUGCACGAUUUAACCCUUCCAAAGAAAUCAUCAUUAAUUAUGAAUGGGGCGACAAUCCAUCUAUUCAUUAACCAACAGGUUUUCAAUAAAUCUCUGGAUUUUCCGCAUUUUCUUGAUUUGUUACCUUUAUUGUACCUUUACUCUUCGAGAUCGAAAGUUGCGGUCUGUGGUUUUCCAAUCAAAUAGCGCCUUGUGUCUAUAACAUAUUCGAGUUGACAUGCGUUAAGUGUCUCUUUAUACUGACAGCUCCAGUGUUGUACUACAAUAAUAUUCUUCUGUGUUGGUUUAUCAUAUUUUUUUUGUUUGGAAUUUCUUAGCUUUUUGUGGGUUUACUUUUUUAGAUUGGGGCCUGUGGUUGGUCUUCAUUCACAGUUUCCCGUAAGCGUGCUCAUUUUCCUCUAUGGCCGCCAGUCCCCUGCAUCUUAUAUAGGGAGCAUAAAUUGGUGCCUUUAAAUUUGUUUCAAAAAACAAGAUAUGGUUAAUUCGUAUCCAGUUUUGCUGAUAAAUGAAUCAUCAGUCAUGAGGCAGAGGAGUUUGUAAAUAAAGACAACCAUAAUUACACUAAUGAUGGUAUUAAUUAUUAUUUGUAAUGCUUUUUCCAGACAGUAUCGAAAGCAGUCUAUGUCAGAAUACCACGCCGCCAUUUAGGCUAAGAACCAUGCUCACUUCGGAGACUUCAGAGGUGAAAUACAACUUAGUUAAAUGUACAUUAUGAGCCAUGGAAAAGGGGCACAGAAAGAUACGGAAAUCUAUCCUGAGAUAACUGAUUUGAGAAGUGCUUCAUGAAGUUUUGUUGGCAAAUGUUCAGACGUUCAGCAUGAAAUCAUAGAAAAAUAAGUUUUGAAAUGAUGUCAAUGGUAGCACAUUCUAGAUUAUCCGAUGUAAAUCAUAGUGUUUAUUUCAAUAGGUCUAUGACAGUGCUGGCUUCUCUUCGGAUAUCCUAACCACCGAUAGAAAUUCUGGAUUUGAUCAAGACUUUUCUUUUGGUAAGAAAUACACAAUGUGCUUGCGAGCCGGCUUUUACCUAAAACACAUCUACAAAUGAAAGGUUGUGCGAAUUUUCGUGUCUCUAUCCAUGUUAUCUAGUUAAGUGAACAUUCAAAUUUCGUACCUUUAGCAUGGCCUCAGGAGUCUGGAGAGAGCAUGCAUCUUAUAAAGAUGGCAGAUUAAUUGGGGAGGACUUUAGUGGGGAUGGUGUCUCAAUUCUGUUUCUUGGCAUCACAGGAUCAUUGUAGUUUAAUACAAUCAUUGUAAAUUCAAAUUUUAUAUUGUAUAGUAUAUCCACGAGUUCACUAUAACGUCACUUUGAUUAUCUCACUCUCAAUUUGUUCCUUCGUUGUUUUUGAAAUCGCUGGAAAUACAAUCGAUAACUUUCUAAAGCAAUCAACGCAAUCAAUGUUUUCUUUUAAUACUGCAUUAUACGAACAGAAAAGAAAUGUGAUACCCGUUUAUCUGGUAACAGCGUCUCAACUAGCUUGUGCAUGUAGGCUUUUGCGAUAUGUGUUGUUAAAAGGUGCUUCAGUCCGAUCUAGAGUCAAGGAGAAUUAUUUAAGCGUCACAUAUUUAUUUCUUUUAUUGUCUUAAUCAAUGCUCUGUAGAGGAUCUGCUUCUAUGUGACGAGGUUUCUGACGAUGUGAAGCUUUAUUUUCCUGUUGGUCCGGAAAAUACUCCAUCAGAGGUAAAGAUUUCUAUGAUAUAGCAAUGAAAGUCAUAUUACUCAACCAAAACAACAAAAACAUAAAUUUUAUUGAAGUCAAACUGAGAUGUAGUCCUUGUUGCUCCGCGUCAGCAGAGCUGUUCCAGUCGGGCUAAUUAACAACACACGUCCAUGAAUAUGACGACUAACGAAACUUUACAGGAAUUCAUUAGCUGAAGGAAAAUUGAAUUAAAAAGGGUAGCCUCACUUAUUUGUAAUUCUCUCCUACAACAGCUUUUUGUUUUGAAUAAAUCGAACAGUCCGGAUAUUUUCUUUCUUUUCCCGCCAUCAAUAAUCUGAAUGCCUCUCUCCUCCAAAUAAUGUUUAACUAUCCCACGUUGAAUUCGGAGAAAUCCUCACUCAUUUUCAUUACCACGGCUGUUUUUCCUGUAAAGAGGAGAGAGACUUCGCACUUAGACUCGUUCUCGUGCCUUUAUUUCGGCACCAGAUCUCUGAGUCGUGAGAAAUUGGAAAUAGUAUGCUUCUGUAACAGCGAAGGCAGGCGCUCUGUCGUUUAAAAGGAAAUACGUUGUAAAAGUCUCUCGAUUUUAUUUCUUCCCAAUUUCCUUGUGAUUACUUCGGUUACUUCUUUUGCUUCGAUUUUACUUCACUGUACAAAUAAACUAAAUAAAAUUUUUGGAACCAGGUACUGCCUCGUCCUCCACGUCCGCGUUAGAGGACCAUUGAUAAGAGGGCGAUCUCCGUGUCACAGGAAAUUAUGAUAAGUUUGAGCUCCUAACGGCUCAGUUGUUUUACCGAGCUUUUUUCCCCCCGUUGCUGUGCAUUUCUUUCCAAAAGUGCAAAUUAGUUCAUAAACUACAAAUAGAUGGGAAUUUUUCUUAGUUUAAAUAUUUGUAAUGUAGUUAGAUUAAAUUCUUGAUUAAGUAGCACGAGGUAGUAUGGUAUAUGUUGUAGAAAUGUUCUCCCCCUUUAAAAUAAUAGUAAUAAAAAACAGCACCAAUAAUAUUUCUGUGCUCGCAUGAGCAAAAAUAAUGCAGGUUCUAAAUCAGGUUUUGGAGUGAAAAUCCAGAGACGAACAAACAGUAAUUUCAGAGUAACAGCGAAUGUCUAUAUGCAGUUAAUUUGAACAUACUAAGCCAAACAUAUUUCAAUUUCUUAGCUUUUAUCUGUUACCACCUUUUGCGCUAACCUGUUUUGUUUCUGAUUUUUGCAGAUACCAGAUUUUGAGGACUAUGUAAUGGAAGAUGAUAAUAACCUCACAGGUAUGUCAACUAAUUUAGUUGACUUAAAUUUGAAAGGUAACAAGACCCAUAUUUGCCAGGUGCCUCUCUAAGAAAGGUGCAGCUUCAGUUGCUCUCUCUGAAAGGUAACAGGAUUGCAAGAUUGCAUGUGCGAGAAGCUUCUAUCAAUUCGACAACAGUAGCUUGUAGUAGGGGAGCAUGCUAUACCUUUCUUUGAAAGUAGCUGGAUUAAAAUGUGUAGAGCAGUGAGGACCGUAUGUCACAUGUGGUGCGCCGUAAAUAAAGCUAAAAGAAAUCGAGAACUGUUAAAGUCGUUUUGCUUUGAGAAAUGUUAAAUUUUUUGAUUAAAACAUUUUGCACAUCAACGAGGCUUCAUAGGAUUUUUCUGAGGGCGCGGGAUCUGGGUACGAACAUAGCACAAGUUGCAUAAGUGUCAACAUGCAAAACAAAGAUGGCGGCUCGACGCGAUCGCACGAUUGUUCUCUGAAAAGGUGUGUUAAAACAGUUUGACACGAUACAGUUUUUAUAUGAAAGAAUCUAGGGUUCCAGCAAGUGCACCCGUAAUAUUCAUAGGCCUUCUACGCCUGAAAAAGAGGUCAACCGGAAAGGAAACAACGUGAGAAAGAUUACCAAAAGGCGACAGAUUUGAAAGUUUACGCAUGCUCAGAUAUAGAUUUUGGCGAAGUGCUACUUAAUGAUGUAAUUUUUUGGGAGUGAGAGAAAGGGGAUCUUUCCAAUGAGAUUUAUCGCGUUUCCCUCGGAAAUUUUUUAAUCGGCCCAGUCUUAACCACAGUUAAUAUAGUUCCUAUCAAAUAGCCCAUAUUUGUUAAAAUCUGUCAGAGCUGACCGAUCAUAUUUAGAAAUAUGACAAAUCAGAGAAUAUUGGCAAAACCGUCUGAACGACUUUACAAUUAUAAGAUCUCAAAAGAUCAGGUAAUAUUGUUCUAUAAUGUGGCAAAAAGCAAAGACAUUUCACUGAGGGAAUGUAAAGAUCUUAACGUGUUUCGGCCAAAAAUUGGAAUAUAUCUGCCUUUCAUUAGAGAUGAUGAUGCCAUAGUAACGUCCUUGAUCUAAAAAUUGACACUCAACAUCGUUAGCCGAACUGGUAAAUAUCUUGAGAGAAAACGUUAAGAAUAAUUAACUAGGUUUCCUUUCGUAACUCGCGCUGUAAAGGAAGAAUAGGGAGCCAUCUUUUAAAAGUGCCUUCUUACUUUUCUUAAAAGUGAAUAGGCGCUGAAAAGUGAUUAUUACUGCCCUUCUACACCGAAGAUGGUUAAUUUUCAACAGAUUCUUUCGUUUACAUUCAUCAUAGUGUUUUAAGUGGUGAACAAAUAUUUUUCUCCAUUUAAAAAGUUGACAGCAAUUUUCCAUUUUCUAUUUGACAAAAGUACCAUGUUGCCAUGAAUUUAUUCAACAAUGGAUCACAGAUGACAUCAAAGUGUUUUGAGAACAAAAACGUGGCACAUGAGGCAUAGCCAAGAUUGUCACUGAUUUUCUUAACAUGUUCAUUCUCCUGUCAACUAUUAAUGUACAGAACGAUGGCAACAACGAAUUUAGUUGUUUAUUAUGAUAAAGAGGCAAAAUUUGUUAAUGGUGACAUAACAUAUGCGUCUGUCUUCGAAAAGACCAUAAGAAACAGGCAAUCAAGAUGCGUGUGUAAUUCUAAUCAGUUUAUGUAAAAAAAAAAUUAAAAUGAUAAAUAAACAAAAUUUAAGUAUGUAAAUAAAAGAAAGUGAAACUAUAAAUGGUAUUUCUAUUGCAGGAAGUACAGAAAUUAGAGAACUUCAACUCUCUCUUCAAGGAUCCUUGUUGAAUUCCACUGAGGUAAUAUUUAUCACAAUGAAUGAAAAAUUUAUCUACUAAACUAAUGGUGUGCGAAAAGUGUUAAGAUUUGGGAUAAAGGAGACUAGGCUAGCAGAAUUGCCCCAUAAUAAAAACAUUUGUUUAUGCCCGCCAUUGAAUCCCACAGAUUAAGAACAAAAUGAAGAUAUGAUAAAAGUUAGAAAAAUUCAGAUAGGGUUUAGGCUUUAGUACAUUAUGCUGGUAUUUUUUCGAGUAUGAGGUCAUUUUACUGGAAUUCUUCCCGAGAAUAUUUUUGGGGUAGGUCAGCACUUUUAGGCAUCAAGACUCAAGAUUAGAAAAAGGCAGGCCAUGUUGUCCUUCUAUCUAUUCAUUUACACCUUUAUUUCACAUUUAAAUACUCUGUUAAAAUGUUGGAAUAAAUAAAAUACAAGUAUCUGUUUAAUGAGCAAUAUCCGAGCAUUGUAGAGACUUGUAAAGGGGAAACUUAGCAUUUUUGUGGGAAAAAGAGGAGCAUUAAUUUAUGUGGGGAGGCAAAAUCAUUAUGUACAAAAGUCUAAUAGGGUUUUUUUUUAUAGUGUUGAAUGUAAAGAAUCAAAAAGGAAGUUGGGUUUAAAUUGAAAGUAUUCUCUUAUCGCCUAAGUAUAGCAAGAUGGGUGUUUUAAAUGUUCGAUCAGUGUUUUCAAGCCUAUCAUUACAUGACUUUACAUUGUUUCUUUUAAUAGAUGUCUGACUGCUCAGCCGAUAAUCGCAAUACUACUAGUGGUAUUUCUGGACUUGAUCACAACUUGUCUUCAGGUAAGAGGCUGUAAAACAUGCUUGCAGCUUUGCGUGGAAAGUUACUCAAAAUAUCUUCAUAAAUUCUUACACAUUUACUUCUAUAAGUAGACGUUAAUAGGACAAAGUGGAGUACAAUUCAGGAAGUAAUCGGGUGAAUGAUUUCAAAUUGGCGUGAGGUUAAUUUGAAAUUAUACUAAAAUUUUUUAAUCUGUAAUGAUCAGUGAUGCGCCAUAAUUUCAGAGGAGGCAACAAACGAGCUGGUGGGAAUUUACAGAAAUUGUAUGUCCAUGAUUUUUUUUAAAAUCUCAUUGAUGUUCUGCAGAUGAUCUGUCGCCACAUGAAGAUGAGUACUUUGACUUAAGUGUCACGCCGAAAAGAGUUCCCUUGAAGGUAAGGGUUUACAAAAAUUAUUGUGGAGAGGUAUUUGUUAUUGUAUCAGUGCACACCGUAUGUGAUUUAAAUGCUUAUUCAGGUGGCUUUCUGUCAUAUGCAUGUUACAAUGCUAUAAAUGUAUGGGAAUUCUGGUAUGGAAAUCACCCAUGAUGAGGUUAUUCUACUGCGAAAUCCUAUAAACAUAGAAAUGAAUAAAGAAACAAUUAGUUUGACAAUUGGUUUCCGUGUUUACAUAGCCUGAUGUAAACACGCGGCAGGUUGGGAGAACACGAGAUAAGCGUACUUAAUAGUUAUUGAACUGUUAGAGAAAUUCUGGCUGUAUCGGAAUGGAUUAGCUGUACAUGGUAUGGUGAUCAUACUGAUCGUCUUAGUGUUCGUAAUGCCACCGAUUUCUGUUUUCCAGGGUGGUGGAUUGUGUCGUUUUUCAUCUAGUCGAGCGUUUCCGAGGAAUGUUCAGUCUGCAUUUGCUAUCUUCGAAAAUCUAGACACUGUUGAAGUUAAGAGGUGUGGCGAAGACUCACUUGAUGGAGACAAAAUUCCACGUAUGUUGAUUUUUACUGCUUAUACAGUAGAUAGUUGGAAAUCGUGGGGGGGGGGGGGAUAUUUGGUUGGAUCGUGUAGUCUGAUCGUCCGGAUGAGCGUAGGACCAAAUAUUCCUAUGAGCAAAUUCAAUUAUGAACUUCGAAAUGUGUCUGCCUGGCUGCGAGCUAUAAUCUUUGGGCCCAAGCAAAAACGUUUCCCUCAAUUAAAAUCACUAAAUGUAGAUAAUCAUGUUGUAGAGCUAGGAGAUAUAACAAAAUUUAUAGCAGUUUAUAUAUAUCAACUCUCAACAUAGAAAACACGCAAAUAUCUUAUUUGUAAAAGACAAUUGCCAUUUCUACUGGGUUGCAGUAUGUAGCUAGCUAUUAUUAGCCUUAAAAUUCUCUCCGCUCGUUUUAUUACGCAAUAACUUCGCAAUAUAUCACAAACUGUAGUCUAAUCUGGGCCUCAACCUAUAUCGCAUAUAUACGAAUAAUUUAUGUACUUCAAAAGUGUGUUGUUCGAUUAAUUUCUAAGGCUCAAUAGGGAACCCCUGGUAAACUCCUCUUUAAGUAAUUAAAAAAUGCUACACAUUCAAAGUAAUUAUUUGCUUUAGGUUAGCUCCUUCAAGUAUCUUAUCACAAGAAUCUGUUACUAUUUUUUUUUCUUUAGAAUUUUUAACCUGCCAAUCAAAUCCAUCAUCACUGAACGAAAAACGCAGAGUUUUACGACUCCUUUACUGAUCUCACCAUUGCGGAACCAAUGCAAAAAAAAUUUUUCCAAGAACAUAAAAUAUGGAACUCCAUACCCUCUUCUAUAUUUGGGAUUUAUAUACACGGUACACUCUUUUUGGCUCUACGAGAGGUAUGCGUCAUCCGCAAUUUUGAUCAUGAUAGUCAUUGAUUUUGCUUGUUCUAUCAUCAUAGCUUCCGAAACGCCAGGAUGGGUCAAAGUAUCUUUACGACGAGCAGAUGGUAGAGAGCUAGGCGAAACGGAAAUUUGUUACUACGAUAAAGAUAAAGAGGCUGUUGAACGGAUAAUUGAAGAACCAAAGUUACAGGAGUAUUUUUUUCGAAAGUAUUCUGAGAGGUUGAGUAAUCGUAACAAUACAACAGGCAGUGGAGCUGACGCCCAAAACUCCGGAGUUUGUGGUGAGUGGCGCAUCACUGAGUACUUCUAGUUUUCAUAAAAAACCAAUUGACCCAAAUCAAGGCAGAAAUCCUGAAUGGUUAAAUUUUUUUUUUAAAAAAAGUCGAGAAAUCUGUGGGGCUUUAGUCUUGAAUCAAUCUCACAAUCAAUCUUACUAUCAAUCAAUCAAUCAAUUUUAUGAUUCAUGCAUCAUUUGGUAAAUAAAGCCCUUCAGCUGCCUGUUAUGUCGGCUGAUAGUUUCCGCGGCCGAGAUAUAUUGUCCGAGAUAUGAAUAUUUGAAUUACAAAUAAACAAUAGCCUCGAUAUGACGCGACAGUAUGCAUAGAUAUUUGAUCGCGGAUACUAUCUGUUCCAAGAUGCGAACAGUUUUAAGCGAGCGAAGCUCAUUGAAAACUGUAAGCAAAUUAUCCUUCAAAUAUUUAUUAUGUAUUAUCCUUCAAAUAUUUUGCAAUGCGCGUAGUAAGUGUCUUUUGAGCAGAUUACUGUAUGCAGCGUGGAAUGUUUUCUUUUGAGUGUUUUCUGGUACGACUUAAUUAACAAAAAAAAAGGUUUUCCUUCUUUUGUAACAACCACUUAACCUUCUCUCCUCUUGAAUACAUCUGAAACAAUGACUAAUCGUAGUGGACGUAAGGUUUGAAGUUUUGGCUGAGGGAUAUUCGGUCAGGUGCUGCGUUCAGACCAAUCGCGUUCGAGCAAAAAUAUUUGAUGGAACAUAAUCAUAUACACCCUUCAGUUUUUGAAAAUAUGAAAUGAUAAAGCAAUCAACUCCUUCCUUGCGUAUGGUUCUGUCAUACUUAAUAUUCAUCUUUAGCAAGAUUUUAUAUCUCUGUGAAAACAAUUUUAAAACGUUGUUCUGGUUUCACACUGGACUUUGAUUUUAUUAGAAGUGUUAAUAGAAUAGUGGAAUUAAUUUAGCAAUUAAAUGUUCUUGCUAGGCAGUUAGUCAGUUAGUUCUUAGCUUAGGGAAUUCGCUUGAUGAUUGUUUCCGGCUGCCCAUGAUUGUAAACACCCUCUUUUAUUUAGGUUCCACAGAACCUGAGCAGAUGUUAUGCGUCUUAGUUUACGCUGCAGCAGAAAUUGGUCGUCAACAAUUCAUUGAAAUGAUCUUCAACUCAUCCGCCGGAAGAGUAGUUUAUGACCAUUACAAAGACAGCUCAGCUCUUCCCGAAGCUAUUGCCAGAGAGUAUGGGCACGAGAAGACAGCUACUUUUCUUGAGGAGAUAACUGACAGGUACUCAUUUCCACUUGACUUUGGAAUGAAGUGAUUUAAAUACGAUUAAGAUUGCAAAAAGAUUGGGUUAUUCAGGGUGCUGAGAUACGGUCAUUAGAUUACUUCUAACAGAGAUGCGAGGGGUUGACAUCAGCCGUUAGACUGUCUCAGUGAAUUUUUUGUCACUCAGGUUGACAUGCACAAGAAGUGCGUUGAUAAAAUGAUCUGACAUGGCGGCUACCUUGAGGUUAUCAGACACAUUAGUUUUUUCUUUUUUAAUUAUAGCGUGCUUCUUUAGUUCCUAUGAAUUAAACACAUUUAUAACAUAGCUAGUAAAUUUGUCCGAUCAAAUUCGAUUGCGCGAGCGUGUUUCAUAUUCCUAUUGUGCACGCUCAUGACGUCAGCAAACAUAUAUCCUCGAGAAAAAAAUUUUCCAUCGGGUUGAAAAUGUUAUAAAACAAUUGGUUCAUAUGUCAGCUGUGCGUUCAUUGAGAUAUGAAGCACUUGGUAAGUUUGGAGAGCACUCAAGAAGCUAGAGUUGCUCUCGGCUACGCCUCGAGCAACUCUUACGCAUCUUUCGUGCUCUCCAAACUUCCCACGUGCUUCAUAUCUCGAUGAACGCACGCUGACGUAUGAACUAAUUGUUAAAUUUUUCUGCUUAGAUUUUCUAAAGAGGCCAGUGAAGCCCAAAACUACCCCCAGACAAUCGACUGGUCUGAGCUUGUGAGAGCUGCAGAGGAAGCACAAAAGCAGCCCGGUGAGUGAACAACUUUAGUACUGCUGAGUUAGAUUAUGUUUUUGGAUAUGUAUAUAGCUCGCAAGUUGUGAAAUGAUGUUUAUGCCAAAGUAACCACGGACCGUUAGAAUCGUAGAGGAGGGUGACGUAUGAGCAGUAACGUAUUGCUGAUUUAUUUUAAUUUUUACUUUUUUACCAAACAGACCUCAGCAAUGAAGAAGAGAGCUGUCAACUUGAAAGUAAUGUUGUAAAGGACACUGGUUAUUUAGGAGACAUCGACACCUCGUCCAACGAAUCUUGCCAGAGCGGUAGCUCCGAUUCUGAAGAUGACAUUCCUCGGGCGACUUCUAAAGGUAUCCUGUGAUAAUGUUUUUUGUCUUAAAUUGAUUUUUUUUACCGCAAAUUUUCUCCUUCUUUCCAUCUUAUGGGGGAAAUUGUAUCUUUAUUUAUAUUAAAACCCCCUCGCGGAACAUAAAUGUUUGAUUGCCAACAGUCGAAGUCUUAGCUGUAGUUAACGCAGCGCAUUGUACUUUUUUUCCGAAAUAGAAAUGAAUUACCCAGAAGAUAAGCUCAGCGAAAUUGCACUGGCACUUGAAGAUCAGGUAUUUGGAAUCAAGAAGGCAGCUGUGAGCCAAAGUCUGAUGUAUUUUUGUGAAACUAGACAUUUUAACCGAGAACAAGUAAAUUCUAUAGUGUCCAAGAAAGUUGUGUUACCGACCUUAGAAGGAUGGCAGCUCUCCCUUUUCAAAGAGGCAUCCGGCUUGAAACACCUGAGAAGUCUCAAUCGAUGUGAUACUUCUUUUUUCCUGUGCCCAGAACAGGAAAGUAUCCAAUGUCAUAUAAUCACGGAGUAUGAAAAGUGGUGCCUCCUGUUUAAAUACACGAAAUACAGCAGUUUACACAGUCGGACGUUCGCUGCUGAAGGUGGAGAAUUUGUAGAAGAAGUAAAUCUGGAAACCCAAACUGUUAUGAUGGGAGCCUCCUUUGGCUGCGCUGAAGACCUUCUUCGUAUGCAAUCAACAAGAGGUGAGGAACUGAUCGUAUUUGUAAUGAUUCAGGCUAAGUUAACUGAGGGGGAAUUAUUUUAUACUAUAAAAUGAAGCAAAUGAUCGGCCUUCAUCUCUAAGUUGUGUGUUACAUUUGCUAAAUUCCUGAACUUUGGUAUCUAUUAUCGUUUUUAAUGGUUUUUUCCAGAACUCGCAACAACGUCAGAUAAUCUGGAGCUAGCUGUUCAAUGGAGUUCGACUCAAGGGUCAACAAAAGAUUCUACUUCUUCCGAUUUAUGGGUGUUAACUUGUCUGUACCGUCCAUCGAGGAUUAUUUUGUUUGUUUAUGUAAGUGUCAAACAAGUGUAAAUACUCGUCAUUUCAUGAAUUUUUCUCUCUUAAAAGUGAAAGAAUUUCAGCUUUUUAAAAUUAUUCUUGUUUCAAUUUGUUAGUCAAGUGUUUUAAUUCCGCACUGGAAUUUUACGUACCGGACUUAUAACACUAGACUGACAACAACUAUUCACUUGACUCUGAUAAUUACUUCCGCUCAGGCGGUCGAAACAUCAGUCACUGAUACCAAAACAGUCCUUCCUAAGACUACCCUCAAAAGGACGAUCAGACUACACGAUCAGAUGUUACCCUCGGGUUCCAACCUUUUUACUGUAAAAGGCUGUCUGCUAAGAGAUAAACGACCAGUGUACUGACCAUACGCUUUCUCGUGAAAGUCUCUUUUCUUUUCCGUUUUGAGGUUGCAGACAACAGUGAUGUUUUGCCUCAAAAAGCGUAUUUUGACGAUGACAGAUACGAAUUGUCAACCCAGUACUGGCAGUGGCAGCGAUACUGCAGCAGUUUGUUUGAUGUCCAAAGUAGGCUACAAGAAAUGCGAAAACUAUCAGGUACUUAUUGCUUUGGGUUUACCUGGAGUUUUAUGAUUCGGUUCUUGGUGAGGUUCUGAAUUGUUCUCAGGCUUUUAUAACACGAAUCUAACUGCGAAUUUUUUUGCGUGAAUUAUAUCUUAAUUGGAUGAUAAGUUAAUUGAUACGUACAACAAGUUCUUUAAUUUGAUUUAUUUUCCUUUUAUUGUUAGAACAAAUGAGACCAGAAUUCGGCCCAACUCCUCAUCCUACAUACAGGGCAAAGGUAUGUUUGUGGUUUUCAGUGAGAUUAACGGUUUUGGUGGCUUUGAUGUGUAUUAUUUUACAGCAAAUACCAGUCAACCGAUAUCUCAUAAUAUGCCUAGUCAAGAAAUCCAAGCCCUUAAGAUUGAAAGUUUUCUCCGUGAGAAAUUAAAGUGAGAGCAAAAAAUAAUCCAAGUUUGCAUCGUCCUUCUUCUACAAUGCAAUUUGGCUCUUAGAAUAGCUUAAUUGUUACUUGAAUUUUUUUUUUCAUUUAUGAGUUGUAAAGAGGGCGCAAGAUAUCUCUCAGUAAUAUCUCGAGAUGUAAGAUAUAGAUCGAUAUAGAAAUCGCAAUGACGCGCAGUAGGCAUAUGAACGAUACGUUUUUUCUCGGCAGUUGUUUCCUCAAGUACAAGGCAAGCACGUGUUACGCCAGCCUGAAUGCUGUCCUACCUGGUUAUAUACCAUGAUGCAUCAAUGUUGGGUCUAUGUUCCAGUAGAAAGGCCACCUUUCAUCGCCAUAUUUGAUGGCAUCUCGUCGAGGUUAGUCAUGAUAAAUAACCCUAAGCAUCGCACUUUUUAAAUUAGGACUUUGUGUAUCGCAACGCGAUACAGGUCGUAGGCAAACUUCUCGCGUGAUUCAAUGACGAAGGUACCACCAUUCGCUCUUGGAGUAUAUAGGCACAAUCGUCGCAGAAACAAACUCUUUCGGAAUAUUCGAAGAACUCUAAUUUAAACACGACUGAUCGCUUGGUUCAUCUGCUUGAAACUUGAUAAGGGAAAGGAAAAACCUCUGCCUUUCUAGAUCCUUUUUUCACUUUUAACCUAUCAGUCAUAUGACCUGUUAGGUGCUCUAAAAUAAAGUUGUCUUUAAAAAAAAACAAGCCAAACGAAACAAAACAAAAACAAGUUCUGAAAUUUUUCAUCACCAACUAAUUAAGAGGAAUUUAAGUAAUCAUUGAGAGAAAACGUAAGAAAGCUAGUGCAUCGGUAUAUUUAUAAGAUAUAACAGUUUGUUUAAAUUUGUCAUUAGAUGAUUCAACUUAAAGGUUCAAACGUAAUAAUUCAAAGUUAGCUGAACACGGUCACAACAUUUUGGAUAUUGCAGCGAAAUUGAUUUUUCUUGUAUUAAACACACCCUUCUUCACUGGGUACUGAAGUGCGGACCUCGUUGCGCUGUGCCGAGUACUUUCCCAUCCGGGCAACCUCCACUCAGUCAAUAAGUACAUAUCAUUCUUCCUUUUAGGGCACUAGGGGCGCGCUUAAUAGCGACUUGGUUAAGUCAAUUUGACCAUGGAAUGUCUUUACCCCUGAAUAAAUACCAGUCAGAGGAUCUUUGCCUUGUAAACGACAAAACAAAUCCUCCAUCCUCAAGCGUCAAAGUGACUGGUUACCACAGCGAUGGAAAGGAAAAGUUAUACGAAGGAGAAUUACAUGAGAACGAUGGAAAUAAUGGGGUCUACAUUGACAAACACCUCUUACUCCAAGAAAGAAUAAACAAUGAAAAAGGACUUCCCCUGAUUACAGCACAUCCCCCUUCUAAAGUCUUCUAUGGAGUCAGCGAAGGAAUCAGUGACACCCAAAGCGAGGUCAAUAUCGAAACUUCAUCCAUCUGUCCGCCUGGUUGUAAGUGGAUAUCACGAAAACAGAGAAUUGGUUGGCACGACGGUGAGACUCGCAGCCUCAGUAAAGGUUUGGCGGAUAGCACGUCAUCAACUUUCACCCUAACAUUCAACAGCAAAGAUGAUUACUGGUGGAGAGACAAUGUAAAUCGACUGGGUGGGGAUUUGGCGAAGAGUACGUCAUUAAAUGCAUUCACUCUAACAAUCAACAGCAUAGACAGAUACCUGUGUGGAGACCGGGGAAAAGGCCGGGGUGAAGGUUUGGCGAGGAGUACGUUAUUGACUGCAUUCACCCAAAUAAUUAACAGCGUCUACAGAUACCUGUGUGGAGACUGGGGAAAAGGCCUGGUUGAGGCUUUGGCGAAGAGUACGUCAUUAACUGCAUUCACGCUAAAAAUCAACAGCGUCAACGGAUACCUGUGUGGAGACUGGGGAAAUGGCCUGGGUGAGGGUUUAGCAAAGAGUACGUCAUUAACUGCAUUUACCCUAACAAUCAACAACGUUGGAAGAUACCUGAUAGGAGACUGGGGGGAAGGCCUGGGUGAGGGUUUGGCGAAGAGUACAUCAAUAACUGCUUUCACCCUAACAAUCAACAGCAAAGACGAAUACCUGGAUGGAGACUGGGGAAAAGGCCUGGGUGAGGGUUUGGCAAAGAGUACGUCAUUAACUGCUUUCACCCUAACAAUCAACAGCGCCGACGGAUACCUGGCUGGAAAUUGGGGAAAAGGUCUGGGUGAGGCUUUGGCAAAGAGUACGUUUUUAACUGCUUUCACCCUAACAAUCAACAACGUUGGCAGACGCCUGGAUGGAGACUGGGGAAAAGGCCUGGGUGAAGGUUUAGCGAAGAGCACGUCAUUAACUGCUUUCACCCUAACAAUCAACAGCGUCGACAGAUGCCUGGAUGGAGGCUGGGGAAAAGGCCUGGGUGAGGGUUUGGCAAAGAGUACGUCAUUAACUGCUUUCACCCUAACAAUCAACAGCGUCGAGGGAUACCUGGCUGGAGACUGGGGAAAAGGCCUGGGUGAGGCUUUGGCGAAGAGUACAUCAAUAACUGAUUUCACCCUGUUAGUCAACAACGACGGCGGAUACCUGUAUGUAGAUUGGGGCAAAGGCCUGGGCGAAGGUUUGGCGAAGAGCUCAUCGAUAACCGCAUUCACUGUAAUAAGCAUUCUGACCAAAUGCAUAAUUGGGGAAUGGGUUGAAUACCUGAGGAGAAGUUUACGAAAUAGUAAGUUGUUGUUGUCUGAAAAUGUGAGCAUAGCUGACAGCAAUACUCUGAAUAGAUGUCCCUUCUCAUUUGAUCUUGAUAGAGGUCUCCGCGUAAGCCCACCGUCUAGUAAAUGGAAUCGACACUUUUAUCACGAAAAGGAAAGUUUAGACUCAGGAUCUCCAGAUUUUUCAAAGUAUUCAAUCAAAUUUACGGAACAGAAAAUCAAGACGUAUAUGGUUGCGUCGUGCCCUGACGCGAAGAAUGAGAGAAUGCGAAAAAAAUGCACGAGAAAAUACGGUGACGAUAUCUUUGUUGGAAAAGAUGAAAACUUACGUGAAGUCUUGUUAUAGACCCAUUCUUAAUCUUUCAAUCCUCUAGGGAAGGUGUAAACCAAAUCUAUAUCUGACGUAACCGAGCAUUCAAGAGCAUUGAGAAAACGAAAAAAGAACUUUGGAAAGAAGCAAGUCGUUGCACCUUUCACAUAAUGACACUACCGAAAAAUUAACUUGUAAUUCACAGGCUCUAACACGCCAUACUAAAGUGCUCGAACAAUUAAAAAGAACUUCGCUCUCAAUGUGCUCAGUUCAAAUAACCUCGUUUGAAGGAAAGAUUCAUUAUGUUGUCAAGCUCCACUUCAGUUUUUCUUUUUCGCAUCUUGCUGAAAUAAUUUUUGCUGAAAAGUCAGAUUUGUAGAGCUCUCUUAUUGAAAAUAUACAUUUAUGGC